AUGGCAAUCUUGGCCAAUAUUCCCGGUAUUCAAGUGACGAUUCAUAUCAACGGUCAGCCAUUGCCCGAAUACAACUGCAAGGACUCGGAGGGAAAUGCUGGUGCUGAAGGCUUGACAAUAUGCGAAAGGUAUAUCGAGAGCCGGGCCGAUCGAGAAUUUGAAAUUAAAAUGGGCUUAAACCCUCUGUACAAGUUCGACUCGGAUGCUCUAACUUUUAAAGUUGAGAUCGACAAAGUGGGAAUUCUGAGCUCUCUCUUUCGCAAGGAGAGGUAUAUUAAGGAAGGCAACGCAAUACAGGUGACUGUGAGCGGUGUAAGAGAGGCAGUCGAUGGGGAGCCCUUUAUCAGAAAGCUCAAAUUUACCGAAAUACCAAAGAGCUUUCGCAAUUUGGAAACUACUGAAGAUCAGGAUAGGUUUAGGGGUGUAAUCAAAGUGAAUGUAUUUCGCGCGAAGGUGGCCGGGUAUAUCUCUCAGGUCCCAGAACAGAGAUUACUUAAUCCAGAUUUUGCUGGUAACCGCGAUACCAAAAUCCACGCUGCCUCGCAUGGUGGGAUGGAAAAAGCCACACCUUUAGUGGUUUAUAAUAUGUGUGACAUCGGACAGCACCCACUCGCUACCUUCAUCUUUUUCUAUCGUCCAAAGGAAAUGAUCCAAAAGCUUGACCUCAUUCCUGUUGAUAAUGCUCCAAAACCUACACCGCUAGCAAAGUCCGAGAUUAAAUGCGAGUCUUCAAGCCCCCUCCAAGCAGACGACAAGAGCGAUAUUGAUAUCGACGCCUUCUCAGCUGAAAAGCAACGCGAACUAUAUGAGAAGCUGGCGGCAAAACUGGCGUGUGACUGCAUCGAGCUCUCUUGA